UUCAAUUUGUGGAAUGCAGGUUAUUUUGCGCCACCAGUGGAACAGUUUGAAGCAUAAUUCCUCAUGUCCAAGCUACUCAAAGGAUCUAAGAAAGUACCUACACAAUUAGACCUAAGUAUCAUCGAAGUAAAAUCGAAGUUUGAUGCAGAAUUUCGCAGGUUUCCCUUAGAUAAAACGCGACUGACGUCGUAUGAAGAUUUCUACAAGCAUGUACAGGCGAUUCACAAGUUACAAUCCAUUCCGUUCUCAACAUGGUACACGGACAUGUAUGGAGACCUACUCCCAAUUAACAACGAUGAUAACUUCUUACGGGCUGUGACAACGGCUAGGCCGCUUUUGCGGGUUUUCGUCCAACGCAAAGGAGGUGGCGUCCCUGAAGAGAAUGCCGUACCCCCUGAAGUACCAAGGCGUCGGAACUUGUUAUCAAAUCUUACAAACCCAGCCAAAUCCCAUCUCAGUAGGAUAUCAAUCAGUGGCCCUCAGGAUUUCCGGCGAGUUUCUGCAAUUGUUGACGUGGACAUUAUCCCUGAAACCCAGCGCAGGGUUAAAUUAUUGAAGCACAACACAGAUAAACCACUAGGGUUUUAUAUACGAGAUGGAACCAGUGUUCGUGUAACACCUAGUGGACUAGAACAGGUUCCAGGAAUUUUUAUUUCAAGGCUUGUCCCUGGUGGGCUUGCAGAAAGCACUGGUUUGUUGGCUGUAAAUGAUGAGGUUCUUGAAGUUAAUGGUAUUGAAGUGGCAGGGAAAACUUUGGAUCAGGUAACAGACAUGAUGAUCGCAAAUAGCCACAACCUUAUUAUAACUGUGAAACCUUCAAAUCAGUUUAACAAUCCAGUGCUUGGAAGACUGAAUCGGGCUGAGCCAGAUCGCAUGAAAUCACAGAGCCUUACAAAUUUAGCAACACAUUCUAUUCAUAAUCCAGUACUUACUACAGGAUCACCAACAAUGCAUCACGCUUACCACAAUGAAUUGGCAGAAGAAAUCCCAGACAGUGAUGAAGAAGAUCACCCAACAGUUGAUGAAGAUGGCAUUGUGUCUAUAUAAUCAUGUAUCAUUCCAAACUCAUUAUGGUGACAAAUCAAUGUAGAAAUAUUGUUACAUGAAUAUACGUGAAUGUAUAGUUUAAACUCAAGAGCAAUUUUCUAGGUGAGAGGAAUUUCUAUGUUUUAAAUUUAGAUAUCAAAAUCCUUUUUCUUGAUACAAAAUGAAAUGAACCACUUGUCAUAAAUCAAACUUUGAUUUAAAAAAUUAUCUAUAGUUUACUCAUUUGAUCAAUACUUACAACAAUUUUUUGCUAACUUUUUGACUAGUAUCCUUUGAGUUUUUAAUAAAAUUACUCAGUCUUUCCACCCAUCUAAUGUUGUAAUUUAUAGACUACAUUUUUAAGUGUUGUUAAACUAGUGCCAGAGUAAUCAAAACAACCAGUCUGGGUGAAGGAAAAUAUUGCAAGGUGAUAAUGAUAACACCAAAUAGAAACAAGCAAACUGCUUUAUGAGGGGGAAAAUGAGAAACAGUCAGUUGCAAUUAAUUUUAAUUUUUGAAUCUGAUUUGUUAAGAGGAUGGCACAAGUGUUCUAAGCCAAUCAUAGCACCAAGUGAAAUGAAACCAAAGCAUUCCUUGGUCAUUUAUGUUAAAAUUAAAAGUUGCACUAUACAUUAAUAUUAUGUUUUUGCAUGCCUUUUUUAACACUUUAGCUCCCAAAAUCUUAUUAUUAACCUUCCCAACUAUAUGCUUUACAUUUCCUUUUAAAUGACUUGAGUCAAGAGAAUUUGGUGCUAUAUCAAGGUAACAUGCAGAAGCUGAUAAAUCUCUGUUCUCAUCCCCUAUUUAUAAGAUUAUAUAUUGAUAUUGAGGGAAGAAUCUACACAGUAAUAAAUCUUGGCAGGGGGGAGCUAAGCUGUUAAGAGAAGGCAAUUGCAACCACUUUACAUAGGAAUACAUUUUAGUCAGCAUUGGGGUGUUAGAUAUGUUCAGAAGGCAGUUUGAAAAAGUGGACAAUUUAGGUAAGCACCAUUGCACACUUAGGUACAAUGUCUUCAAUGUAAUAUAUAAUGUUUGCCAGUGGUAUGUUUCUUAGUUGAUGUACUUUGAUCUGGAACUGUACGUGAUAUCUAUUUCAUGACCUCAACUUUUUGCACUAGUUCUCAAUAUUUUUGUAUCGUUGUUUGAUUACCUUUUGGACACUAGAUCUUUAAUUGUUUGGACAUAGUAUCUUACUGAUAUCAUAAGUUUGGAGGUACUGUUGGUAAAUUUUAGCUGGAAGAGUAGGUGGCAUAAGGUAUGAAGUCAUUCACUCAUUUUACAUUGGUUUUUUUUUUUCUUUUACAAUGGUAUUUUGUCUAAAUGGCUUAGGUAGCAGGUAUAAUGCUACACAAGAAGUGACAUAGUUUGCCAGCUUCCAGCUUUUAGGCCAGAAAAACACUGGGUAACCCAGCUCACUCCAACAAAGUGCAGGUCAUUUUAUAUCAGAGUGAAGUGAUCAGUUGAGGAAAAACAAAAAGUUAAAUAGAUAGUGUCUCCAAAUAAUUUGGGAUUGAGGGUAUGGAAUUAUUAUAUGUGGUUAAAACAUUUUUCCAAACUGAUUGCAUUUAGAACAUACUGACAUUAGUUUUGCAAUUUGAAAAUAAAGAUCUAAAAUGGGCUUACAGUAAAGUCUAUCAUU